AGGCCUGUCCCUUUAAGGGGGUUGGCUGUCAAUCAGAAAGCCCUUUUCAUUGCGGGAGGAGAGGACAAAGAUACUCAGAGAGAAAAAGUAAAAGACCGAAGAAGGAGGCUGGAGAGACCAGGAUCCUUCUUCCAGCUGAACAAAGUCAGCCACAAAGCAGACUAGCCAGCCGGCUACAAUUGGAGUCAGAGUCCCAAAGACAUGGGCUUGUUAGAGUGCUGUGCAAGAUGUCUGGUAGGGGCCCCCUUUGCUUCCCUGGUGGCCACUGGAUUGUGUUUCUUUGGGGUGGCACUAUUCUGUGGCUGUGGACAUGAAGCCCUCACUGGCACAGAAAAGCUAAUUGAGACCUAUUUCUCCAAAAACUACCAGGACUAUGAGUAUCUCAUCAAUGUGAUCCAUGCCUUCCAGUAUGUCAUCUAUGGAACUGCCUCUUUCUUCUUCCUUUAUGGGGCCCUCCUGCUGGCUGAGGGCUUCUACACCACCGGCGCAGUCAGGCAGAUCUUUGGCGACUACAAGACCACCAUCUGCGGCAAGGGCCUGAGCGCAACGGUAACAGGGGGCCAGAAGGGGAGGGGUUCCAGAGGCCAACAUCAAGCUCAUUCUUUGGAGCGGGUGUGUCAUUGUUUGGGAAAAUGGCUAGGACAUCCCGACAAGUUUGUGGGCAUCACCUAUGCCCUGACCGUUGUGUGGCUCCUGGUGUUUGCCUGCUCUGCUGUGCCUGUGUACAUUUACUUCAACACCUGGACCACCUGCCAGUCUAUUGCCUUCCCCAGCAAGACCUCUGCCAGUAUAGGCAGUCUCUGUGCUGAUGCCAGAAUGUAUGGUGUUCUCCCAUGGAAUGCUUUCCCUGGCAAGGUUUGUGGCUCCAACCUUCUGUCCAUCUGCAAAACAGCUGAGUUCCAAAUGACCUUCCACCUGUUUAUUGCUGCAUUUGUGGGGGCUGCAGCUACACUGAUUUCCCUGCUCACCUUCAUGAUUGCUGCCACUUACAACUUUGCCGUCCUUAAACUCAUGGGCCGAGGCACCAAGUUCUGAUCCCCCAUAGAAAUCCCCCUUUCUCUAAUAGCGAGGCUCUAACCACACAGCCUACAAUGCUGCGUCUCCCAUCUUAACUCUUUGCCUUUGCCACCGACUGGCCCUCUUCUUACUUGACGAGUGUAACAAGAAAGGAGAGUCUUGCAGUGAUUAAGGUCUCUCUUUGGACUCUCCCCUGUUAUGUACCUCUUUUAGUCAUUUUGCUUCACAGCUGGUUCCUGCUAGAAAUGGGAAAUGCCUAAGAAGAUGACUCCCCAACUGCAAGUCACAAAGGAAUGGAGGCUCUAAUUGAAUUUUCAAGCAUCUCCUGAGGAUCAGAAAGUAAUUUCUUCUCAAAGAGUACUUCCACUGAUGGAAACAAAGUGGAAGGAAAGAUGCUCAGGUACAGAGAAGGAAUGUCUUUGGUCCCCUUGCCAUUUAUAGGGGCCAAAUAUAUUCUCUUUGGUGUACAAAACAGAAUUCACUCUGGUCUCCCUAUUACCACUGAAGACAGAAGAAAAAAGAAUGUCAGAAAAACAAUAAGAGUGUUUGCCCAAAUCUGCCUAUUGCAGCUGGGAGAAGGGGGUCAAAGCAAGGAUCUUUCACCCACAGAAAGAGAGCACUGACCCCGAUGGUGAUGGACUACUGAAGCCCUAACUCAGCCAACCUUACUUACAGCAUAAGGGAGCAUAGAAUCUGUGUAGACGAAGGGGGCAUCUGGCCUUACACCUCAUUAGGGAAGAGAAACAGGGUGUUGUCAGCAUCUUCUCACUCCCUUCUCCUUGAUAACAGCUACCAUGACAACCCUGUGGUUUCCAAGGAGCUGAGAAUAGAAGGAAACUAGCUUACAUGAAAACAGACUGGCCUAAGGAGCAGCAGUUGCUGGUGGCUAACGGUGUAACCUGAGAUGGCCCUCUGGUAGACACAGGAUAGAUAACUCUUUGGAUAGCAUGUCUUUUUUUCUUUAAUUAGUUGUGUACUCUGGCCUCUGUCAUAUCUUCACAAUGGUGCUCUUUUCAUGGGGUAUUAUCCAUUCAGUCAUCGUAGGGGAUUUGAAGAUCUUGAUUUGUUUUAGAAUGAUGCACAUUUCGUGUAUUCCAGUUUGUUUAUUACUUAUUUGGGAUUGCAUCAGAAGUGUCUGGAGAAUAAUUAUUUGAUUAUGACUCUUUUUUAAAAUAGGAAAAUUGGACAUUAAGCAUCACAAAUCAUACUAAAAAUUGGCUAGUUAAAUGAAUCUAUUGGGAUUUUCUAUAAGUAUUCUGCCUUUGCAGAAACAGAUUUGGUGAAUUUGAAUCUCAAUUUGAGUAAUCUAAUCGUUCUUUCUAGCUAAUGGAAAAUGAUUUUACUUAGCAGUGUUAUCUUGGUGUGUUAAGAGUUAGGUUUAACAUAAAGGUUAUUUUCUCCUGAUAUAGAUCACAUAACAGAAUGCACCAGUCAUCAGCUAUUCAGUUGGUAAGCUUCCAGGAAAAAGUACAGGCAGAAAGAGUUUGAAACUUGAAUAGCUCCCAGAUUUCAGUCUUUUCCUGUUUUUGUUAACUUUGGGUUAAAAAAAAAAAGUCUGAUUGGUUUUAAUUGAAGGAAAGAUUUGUACUACAGCUCUUUUGUUGUAAAGAGUUGUAUUGUUCUUUUCCCCCAAAGUGGUUUCAGAAAUAUUUAAGGAGAUGUAAGAUCUUUACAAAAAGACACUUGAUACUUGUUUUCAAACCAGUAUACAAGAUAAGCUUCCAGGCUGCAUAGAGGGAGGAGAGGGAAAAUGUUUUGUAAGAAACCAAUCAAGAUAAAGGACAGUGAAGUAAUCCGUACCUUGCGUUUUGUUUUGAUUUAAUAACAUAACAAAUAACCAACCCUUCCCUGAAAACCUCACAUGCAUACAUACACAUAUAUACACACACAAAGAGAGUUAAUCAACUGAAAGUGUUUCCUUCAUUUCUGAUAUAGAAUUGCAAUUUUAACACACAUAAAGGAUAAACUUUUAGAAACUUAUCUUACAAAGUGUAUUUUAUAAAAUUAAAGAAAAUAAAAUUAAGAAUGUUCUCAAUCAAA